AGAGGAAAAGAAGAGGCUAAAUGAGAAGGGAACCCAGGUUGAACUAGGCAUGCGGGAGGAUAUCCAUGACCUUGACCUCGCCCAUUGGAGAUUGGCUAGAGAGACAUGGAGAACUGAGCGAGGAAACAAGGAGAUUAAGGCGCUGUAUGGAGAAAUAUUUAGGCUGCACCAACUCUUGGAGGAGAUUGGGGUGGAUAAAGGGGUGAUCAAGCAGCGCUCCACCUCCUCCAUUAUUUGUCCCGUCUCCCCAACACUGCCAGCUUUCCCCUGGUACAACCACCACAGGUACCUCGCCAACAGCCAAUCGGAGCCUGACCAGCAUGCUGCCGGCACUCAGAAGGACCCACCUAAGAAACACUCAAUCUUUCCCCCUCUGGACACACAGAGCUGCACCUCCCCUGAUAAAUGGCCUCAUUCUCCGUCCAAGACGUCACACCCACACGCUUCACACCGAUUUUCUGUCCCAUCCCACCUCCUGGCUUCCGGCCCUCCUGCCCGGAUGAGACAGACCCAUCCGCAGGUCCACCCCAGGUCCCCAUUGACUGGCCAGGCAAAGGUCAAGGAUGAGGUUAAGAGGCCAGAGACUGCAUCGUCUGAGGAAUUGUCUGAGGAAGUUCAACGGAGAGGAGCAGAAAUUGCAAGCAUGUAUAAAGCACAGCUGAAAGAGAGGAUGGCCCAAAAGAGAAAGGAAGAGAUUCUGAAGAAAAUGGCAAACAGCGAUGACAAGAACGAUGACACUGAGGCCUUCUGCUCCCCUGCCAUAGCCCCCGAGCGCCCGGCCAGCCCAGAGGCCACGCCAGUGGCCGCCCGAGAGGACACUCAGGGGGACACCCAACAGGACCUGGCAGAGGUUGUGAAUGUGCUCAAGAGGCAAUCAUCUGAUCUAUACCUGCCUGACGACGUUUGUGAGGAGUCACUCACAUGGAAAUCCAUUUACGAGGAGCUGUGCCCGCUCGCUCACAAAGUGAACACAGAAGCUGACUACAUCAAGGCGCUCCGCGUCAUCACUGAGAAUGCUGUGACUCCCUCGUGCUCGUCUGAGGAUGAUGUGUCUCAGAGUGUGAGUGAGGACACAAGUCAGGAGGGGAGUAGUGAAAGUGAGGAGAGCAUGAGUGGACAACAGCAGAGAUGUCUACACAGGGAUCCUUAUAGUAAGAGGGACAGGAAGGAGAUUGAUAGUGGUAAAAGGGAAGGUAGAUUUGCAACCGCCAAUGCAAUGUCCAUGAUGGCAAGCCGAGGGAUAGAAGAACUUAAUGCCAUGAGCUACGCAGACAGGAUCAAAUAUUUCAAGUAUGAGGCUAAGAGAAAUGAAGAGAUGAUGAAGAUUGAAAGGAGGAAGGAAAAAGCCAGGGACGAAGAGCUCAAAAAGUGGGAAAAGAGGCAGAAGAAAUUGAAUGAGGAGGAAAGGAAAAGGGAGAAGGCAGAGAUGAAACUAAAGAUUGAACAUGAGAAAAAGAAACAAGAGCAAGAGAAAAAGAGAGAGAAAAAAGAAAGAAAGCAGCAGGAGAUGCAACAAAAGGCCCGAAAAGAAGAGAAAAAGAGGGCAGAGGAAGAGAAAAAGAUGGAGAAACAGAGGAUGGAGGAGGAGAGGAACAGGGAAAAGGAGAGAAUGAAGGUGUUGGAGAUGCAGCAAAAGGCACGAGAGAAAGAAGAGAAGAGGAGGAAAGAGGAACAGAAAAGGAGAUUGAAGAUACAGCAGGAACAAGAGAAGGAGGAACAGAAAAGGCAGACAAGGAUACGGGACGAGGAUAAGAAGAGAGCAGAGCUUCAAAGAAUAAAAGAUCACGAGGCCAGGUUCAAGAUGGAGAUGGAGAAACUGUAUGAGAGAGAAGAGAGGAAUGCACAGAUUGAAAGAAAAAGGCGUGCGCUGUGUCAGAAAAAAGGACAGACACAGAGAGAAAAACAGGUGGUGGCAUACGAGGUCACAGCGUCUACAUCUGACGCCUCUGUGCGGAGGGAAGAGAGGGAGCAACGUCCAGAGACCGCUCACGCACAGUCUGCAAAGAGGAGAACAAGGAAGAAGCAGAAGAAAGCGGCGGACGAGGCAUCGACAACUUUUGAGUAGAUGACAAAAGAAAGGGAGCAGACAAAAGAAGAAAUGUACAAGUCAAUGCUCCUAGGCUGUUCAAGUCUGAGAUAGAUGAAAAGAGCAGCCAAAGAAACAGAUCUGUUGAAGCAUCAAUUGGAAAGGAUGGGAGGGUUGGAGGAGCACAGCUGGAUGACUACAUUAGAUUGUGGCAUAUGAGGUCUCUUUAUCUGUUGAAGCAUCAAUAGAAAAGGAUGAAAGGGAGGGAGGCAGGAAGAGGAAAACACAGAAGAGCAGAUGAGGAGUACUCUAUGUUCUGCUUCCAUGUGGAUUGACAGCAUUGCUUUCAUGAGCUGCUGGAGGACAUCAUGGAGGAAGAGGGAGAGGGUCUGUGAUAGGCAGUUUGCCAUGGCCCUAAAUGGGCCUUUGGAUGUUAAUUCUUCCUGCUUCAUAUCAUACAACUUUACAAUAAAAAUGA